AAUAGAUAUGGAUUUAGUGAGAGACAAGUGGAUGAUUUAUUCUCUACUCAGAAAAAUACAAGUAUGUUUGAAGAGCCAUUGCCCUGCAAUAGAGAUGAUAAACUUAGCAUUAGAGAUAUAAGAGCUGAAGCUUAUGCCUUAGCUCUCUCAGUAAAAAAUGCUAAUGCUAGCUCAUUACGUCUCACUCAUCUUCAUAGAGAAUUAAGGAACCUUAUAAUACUUUGUAUUUAUCCUGCUGAACUUAAAACUUUACGCAUUACAGAUACUAGAGUGACAGCAGAAUUAUUAAAAGCUUUAGAAAUAAAUAUCUUAAAAGGUUAUCCAAACUCUCUCACAAGUAAUAUCACAAUACUAGAGCUAGAGAAUUGUCAUAAAUGUAAUGAAGAAAUUUUGUUAAAUCUACUCAAAGCAUUUACAACAUUUGUGUAUGGUCAUAUACUCUAUCAUGACUGUCUUGAAAAAAGUAAUAGAGAUAAGCAAAAAACUUGUCACAUUUGUUUUGUAGAUAAUGAAGGAACGGCAUCAGCUGAAGUUCAAGACAUAGAUAUGUCAGAGGUAGUAGAAAAUGAAGGUGAAGAAACCUCUAAUCUAACAGAGGCAGUAAGUAAGUUAUUUGUAGAUGAUAGUAAAGCUAUCCCACGAAGUAAAACAAAAUCUAUAGAACCUAAUAAA